CCUGCUUCCCCAACGCGAUUCUUCCGCGCGCGGAGCAGUUUGCGAUGCGUGCGGCGCUGGCGCCGCGCUGCUGGUCUGUCCGACCCAAAUUUGCAGCCAGCCAGCGGCUCUGCUCUUCUCUUGAAGAAAACACACACAAACGCGCGCGCGCGCGUGCGCACUCACGAGGCGAUAACUUGCUCCCGCCCGGCCUUGGGGCUGCCGCAGACCGCCCGCCCCCUCUCGGCCGCCCCCGACAGACGGCCAUUCGCCUAAGGGGCGGCCCUCCCCCCGCUCUCCCUCCUCUACGCCCCCAACAACGCCAACGCCAACUUUCUCUCCGCGGGCGACUCGUCUUCUUAGCACUAACCCGCGCGCGCCCCCCAUAGUCCCACCACCGCCGCCGUCGUCGUCGUCGUACACGCUCGGCUAGAGAAGUCAGGCUCAACUAAACGACUGCAGUCGCUGACGACACUCCGUUUUGUUUUGUACAUACGAAAACACGAGCGGAAACAGACGUUUCCGUAAAAACGAGAAAGCAAAUAGAAAUUCAAUUAAUGAAAUUUCAAUAUGUUUACACCCGGUCUCUCAUCACGAAGCCUACAUGAAUGAAAUCAAUAGUCCGAAACACUCCGUAAGCGAGCCCGGCGCCCUACCUGCUCAACACCCCCUAACCUUAGGUCCAAAUCGAUGGGCAGCUCAUCGGCGUAAGUGAAACGCUCAUCAGUCGCGUCAGUGUGCGCCAUGCCGAGGUCCUGGCGGGGCGACGGCACCGCAGCGGCGGGGAGGACCCAGGCGGACGGCGACGGCGUUCAACGGGGCGGAAACGCACUUUAAAUUCAAGUCGGUAAUGGACUUGAUUUACGACAGUGCGAGGCUAGGCUGUGGCUAUGUGGCGGGUCCUCGAGGUGCAUUGGCGCUUCGCGCUGCUCUGGAUGCGGCUCAACGGGAUGGUGGGCUGCACCGGCUGGCCCCCGCGCUGGUCGAAGGCCCGGAUGCGCCGCUCCUGCGCGACCAUGUUCCUGGUCACCAUCGUCAGGGCCGCGUUGUGUACCACGUCGGUCCGGUUUGUAUGGCAGUCACUCAACGAUGCUCACGACGAAAGCAACUACAGGAACUCCCUCUUUAUGGCCGACUUCUUUAGCAAGAACGUCGGCAUGACGCUGGCGCAGCUGGCUAUGCUGCGCCAUUCGCGGCGCCUCAGUCUGCUGGUCAGAGCACUGCUCCUUCAAUCGUACUCCUUUCCGGACUCGAGGCGCAAGUGCGCAGCCAGAAGUGUCGUCAUCCUUCUCUUCGGGGCGUUCUCCAUGGUGUACACGUUUGUCAGCGUCAAGUUUAUGAUCUGUGGCGGGUCCUGGAAUGGCGCUGUAUUCUUCAUUGCCGACCUGAUACCGGUGCUGGCCCUGAGCAUCUCCCAGGACUCCUUCAUCCACGUGGUGUGCGCCAGCGUCGACUUUAUGACGAGCAUCGCGGACGGCGUGCAGGAGCACAUGAACGCACUGCCACACGCGUACGCGCGCACCGCCACCCCGAGGAACCCUGCCCCGGCCGCCUGCGGUCAGCAGGAUGACUCCCCGGUCCAGGGUUUGCGCACGCUGAGGAUGCGCUACCAGUGCGUGCAGGACGCGGUCCACCUGACAAACUGCCUGUACGGACCGUACAACGUGUUAUCCAACACCAUCACGAUGAUCGAGAGUGUGGUGUGUCUGUACGCAGGCAUGGCAGGAAACAUUGGUAGGUAUGCACAGGUUAUGAGGUCCUUAAAAGAAAUAUACUGGGGAAUUGCCCUUGAUUCCUGUUUAGAUUUUCAAGAAGAAAUCUGGAAUCUGACCUUGGGCAUAGCCCUCACCACCAAGAUCUUAUUCAUCUGCGUCAUUGGAGAAGAAAUGCAUGCGGAGAGUUCUAGGAUUCGUACAGCUUUGCAGACAGCAAUCGCUCAUCACCCAGACCAUAAUCUUCAAAUGAAAGCAGAGAUCAUACGGUUUAUACAUCAGACACAAAUGCAGGAGAUUAAAUUUGUAGCUGUCGAUCCCUGUUAUUACGAUUUGAGUACAUUCAAGAAGGUCAUCGCCUCCAUCUUGACAUACAUCGUCGUUUUAGCUCAAUUUUCACCCCUCUUCCCACAUUAAGUGCGAGACGGGACAUUUCCGAUGCCUAUCAUUCAACAAAUGGAAGCGUGACCACAUAGUGGUCAAGCCGCACGCAUGUUUGUUGAUGCGAUCCAUUUAACAAAUUUUUCCUCGUGAAUUUGACGCAGUGAGAUGACGUCUCAUGUAUGUACAUUGAAUAUAUUCAAUUAAUAUCGGUAAUAAAAAAGGGAGAAUUAUUCGUUCGGCCUUGGUCUUGCGACUCGGAAAAACAAAACAGCAAAAUGUGUCGUGUUCUCAAGUCCCCAAGUCCAGACCACGAUCACAAUCGGUUUGUCUCGGCUGGAUUGGUGACCGCCCUGCAUUUAACU